AUGGACCUUAUGAAGAUCGGAACGAGUGACGCCAGCGUCACCUCGACGCGUAGUUACACAAGUAACGGAAACGCUGGUGAAGGGUCUUCCAGCGACUUACUAUUCAGUCAGUUAGAGCGUAUUGUGGCCACCCCGGCGGAGUCGGUUGCAGGCUACUUUGAGUGCCUGGGCAUCUUCAAGGUCUUUGCAGCAACGUUUGCCCCAGAGUGCACACAGAUCGAAAAGCGGGGACGCUACAACGUGAAGGUGCGGCCCGUUAUCGAGCCUGGUGCUGUUAUUCACAUUGAUGUCACGGAAAGUAUCCGGCGGGACGAACAGCUUGUCUCGAACAGGUUGCUCAACGAGACGAUUGUAUAG